GGGCAAAAAAAGGGGCGUAUCUGCUAUCUGAUCAAAUAAUGGCUGACAUACACAGGGCUGCCAAGAAUGGUGACUUGAGUGCUUUGCGAGUUGCCAUCAAGAGGGGAGAGGAUGUCAACAGUGUGAAUGAGGAUGGGUGGACUCCGCUCAUAAGCGCAGCCUUUAAUGGUCAUACUAACUGUAUUAGAGAGCUGCUCUCCUCAGGAGCCGUGGUGGACCUGGCUAACAAGGAUGGGGUUACUCCACUCAUGGUGGCAGCCGGUAAAGGUCACACUGACUGUACUAGAGAGCUGCUCUCCUCAGGAUCAGUGGUGGACCUGGCUAACGAGGAUGGGGUUACUCCACUCAUGGUGGCAGCCGGUAAAGGUCACACUGACUGUACUAGAGAGCUGCUCUCCUCAGGAUCAGUGGUGGACCUGGCUAACGAGGAUGGGAUUACUUCACUCUUGGUGGCAGCCGAUGAAGGUCACACUGACUGUGUUAUACAGCUACUCUCCUCAGGAGCCGUGGUGGACCUGGCUGACGAGGAUGGGGAGACUCCACUUUAUUGGGCAGCCAGGGAAGGUCACGCUGGCUGUGUUAAAGAGCUGCUCUCCUCAGGAGCAGUGGUGGACCAGGCUGACGAGGAUGGGUGGACUCCACUCAUGGUGGCAGCCUUGAAAGGUCACACUGACAGUGUUAGACAGCUGCUCUCCUCAGGAGCAGUGGUGGACCUGGCUAACGAGGAUGGGCAGACUCCACUCCAUUGGGCAGCCAAUGAAGGUCACACUGACUGUGUUAUACAGCUGCUCUCCUCAGGAGCCGUGGUGGACCUGGCUAACAAGAAUGGGUGGACUCCACUCAUGAUGGCAGCCAGUGAAGGUCACACUGACAGUGUUAGACAGCUGCUCUCCUCAGGAGCAGUGGUGGACCUGGCUGACAAGGAUGGGCAGACUCCACUCAUAGUGGCAGCCAGGAAAGGUCACACUGACACUGUUAUACAGCUACUCUCCUCAGGAGCAGUGGUGGACCUGGCUGACGAGGAUGGGUGGACUCCACUCAUGUGGGCAGCCUAUGGAGGUCACACUGACUGUACUAGAGAGCUGCUCUCCUCAGGAGCAGUGGUGGACCUGGCUGACAAGGAUGGAGAGACUGCUCUGAUGGUGGCCAAGGAAUCAGAAUACUCUAACCCUUCAAUAAUAAAGCUGCUGGAGGAAGCUACUGAAUCACAUUCACGUCCACAGUCUGUUCCAGUCCUCCCCAGGAACUGGACUGUUGCCACCGACACAGAAACGAAGAAGCCAGUCUACCAGAACAAGGCAGCAGGGGAAACCGUCUCUACACCACCUGGAUAUCCCCUGCACCAAACCUCUGCACACCCUGAUGUCACUUUUUACGACAAGCCUCAAGAGAAGGAGUUCACCUCCAGUGGUGGUUAUGCUGACUUUGAUAAUGGAGUUCACGUGACUGUUCCAGCUAAUGCUGUCCCAGCAGGGACCUCUGUGGGCAUUAAAGUCCAACCCAGCCUUGCCUCCAAAGAGGUAUUUGUGAUGCCUGAGGGCAUUCAGUCUGCCAGUCCGUCCUACUUGAUCUCUGGUGAAGGUCUAAACGGAGAGGUGACCCUGAGCAUGGAGCAUCAUGUACGAGUGUCCACCCAACAAGAAGCUGAUGACCUCCUCUUUCUCCAAGCUGACUCGUCUCCCAAGAGAUCUGGUUCUCAUAGUGUCUAUGAGUACCAGAAAAUACCAGAGGGGAGGUCGGAGUUCUCUCCUGGAGGGAACACUGGGAGACUGACGCUGGGCACACGGCUGAAGAACUUCUUCAAAAUUGGACGGAAAAAUAGAGGCAAGACUGACAGUAACCUCUACACUGUCAGAGUCUACCGGUCUCCUCUACAAACAACUGAGGACAGGAUAGCCAUCAUUGUAGUCAGUCUCUGUGGGAGCUUAUACGCUAAGUUUCUGGAGACACUUGAUACAGUGUUGAUCCCACGAGACUAUCCUGAAGUGUCUUCAAAGUCAAUUGACAGGACAAGUCAAGGACCACUGACGUUUGUUGAUAUGUGUGCCACUCUCAACAUUCCCCCAGUGCUGGGAUGGUCUGUGGAACUAGACAAAGAAUUGAUCUUGCGUAGUGGAGUGGAUCAGCCUGAGGUAGAGAAUUUCAGACCUGAGGAUCUCCACGACUACCCUCCCAGGAUAAUCUGCAGGCUCUUCCCUGAGAAGAAUGCUCCCAAGAGAACCACCUGUACCAUCUCCUUGUCUGGACUACUGCCACAGGUCAAAGUUCAUCUAUCAUUGAAAAUACCCACCCCCAAAGUUGCUGUGGAUACUACUAAACUACAGGAGGCCACUGAUGAGUUGAGAAGGUCUGCCCUGGCAGUAAGUGACACACAACUUGGCUCUACUGUGAAGAGUGUAGUGUCUCUGAUGGAGAGAAUGACUGCAGCUCUGAGGUCAUCUUCUCUGAGUGAGCUGACAGCCCACACUGACUCCAUACGGACAGAGAUAGCGUCUGUCCUUGUAGUGACCAGGAGGGUUGUCGAGGAGUGCACAGUACAGAGCAUCAGUGAAAACAUGGGAGCCAGUCUCUCUAAGAUAGAGACUUUAUCUCACCAGCUUUGUCAUGUGGCCAAGGUUAAAAUCAGAUACUGUCUAGGUACAGACCAGUCAGAGGAGACAGCUGCUCUUGUUGACCUGGUGGAGAAUGGAGCUAAUCUGUUGAGAGCUGUGGACUGUCUACUCAGGGACAUCCACACACUCAGUGGAGUCAGUGGACCAUCCGCUAAACGAGUCACUCUUCAAGAACUAGUAGAGCAAUACAAUCUGACUGACGAGCAACUCAACAGUGAAAUAGAGGUUCCUGAUACUCCCGAAUUGGCCUUAUGUUUUGAUGAUGUGGAACUUUAUUCGAGUGCAAUGGGGCUAGCUAUUGCUGAACAAGCCGAUGUGAACCAAUCACGUGGAACUCAAGCAGCCAUGAUGAAGUGCUUGCAAAUCUGGAAACAACAUAAUCCUUCACAAGCAACUUACAGAGCUCUACUGGAUAUCGCACUGAGAUUGGGGAAAGGAGACACAGCUCAUCAAAUCUGUCAGCAAUUGACCCAACGAGGUGUGAGAGGUGUGGUCACUGGCUCGGACUGUAUACAGGUUGAGGCUGGCGUUGCACGGAAGGUUCCGACUGUAGCCAGCACUGUGGUGGACAUUAAUGAAGCCACUGAAGUACUGAGGAGAACAGUUGGUGAGAUGACCACCUCACAGCUUGGCUCUACUGUGGAGACUGUACUGUCACUAAUGGAGAAAAUAACAGCUGCACUUCAGUCAUCUUCUCUGAGUGAGCUGACAGCCCACACUGACUCCAUACGGACAGAGAUAGCGUCUGUCCUUGUAGUGACCAGGAGGGUUGUCGAGGAGUGCACAGUACAGAGCAUCAGUGAAAACAUGGGAGCCAGUCUCUCUAAGAUAGAGACUUUAUCUCACCAGCUUUGUCAUGUGGCCAAGGUUAAAAUCAGAUACUGUCUAGGUACAGACCAGUCAGAGGAGACAGCUGCUCUUGUUGACCUGGUGGAGAAUGGAGCUAAUCUGUUGAGAGCUGUGGACUGUCUACUCAGGGACAUCCACACACUCAGUGGAGUCAGUGGUAACGCUGGCUACAGUGUGCUGGUGAGCUGCAGUGAGAAGAUAGUCCAGUCACUCUCUGAGGACCCGAAGGCCUUGGCCCUCCACCUCCUGUCAGCUGGGCUCAUCACUUUAUCUAUUCUUGAGAAAACCAACGAGUUGAAUGAGACCAAGAGAGAGAAGGCCACCAGACUGUACACUGCCCUGCUGGGUGUGGUCAAACACCACCCCCACAAGUACCACGAGUUUGUCUCCACUCUCAGACUCAACCCACUACACACUGACUUGGUCACACAAUUAGAUAGCAAGUACAAGUAGUUUGUCCACACGUACAUUAUUAUGUGUACCCAAUAAUUCUUUUGUUAUUGAGUCUUGAAUUUUAUGCUGACGUCAUAUAAAUUAUUGU